GAUUUUUUGUAUAAAAGAACCUUACCCAAUUUGCUCCGCCACACUCGGCCACCUGCAUUCAAAUCAAAUGGUUUCCAGCACAAUUUUGGCUCUGGCCCUUUUUCCAGCGCUCGUCGCCGCGACGAACUUCAAGGAAUGCCGCAGUUAUUGGAACACAAAGGUAGGAACGUCACCCCUUAACAUCACGUUGGACGGAUGCGACAGGUACCCUUGCGACUUUGCCAGAGGGACUAAUAUAACUGGAGGAAUGGACUUCAUGUAUGAUAAAGAGCUCUCGUAUUUGAAACCGGAGGUGACCAUCUACUGGUUGGGACUUCCGAUCAGUUGGCCAAUGAACCAGGAGGACGGUUGCAGCACCCUGACGUUGAACAAGUGCCCUGUCAAGGCCAAUACCAGGGCGCGCUACCAAUACUCGCUUUACUUGGGUCCAAACACUCCUUUGGUCAGUCCGACGAUGAGGUUUGAAUUCCGAGACCGCUGGGGUCAAACUUCGAUUUGCUGCGAGUUACCGAUUCGAAUUGUGGCGAACGAGAACGAGGUGCGGGCUGAGAAUAAUAAUCUGCUCAAAUAAGUGAUAAAAAAAAUGAAAAAUAAAU